CUAGUAACUGGGAAACCACGUCAUAGCCAAAGUCAAGGUUCCGUGGAAAGGGCUAAUCAAGAUGUCGAAAAAAUGCUCGCAUCUUGGAUGGAAGACAAUAAAACCACUAACUGGUCGAAUGGACUAAAAUUUGUUCAAUUUAUGAAGAACAGAGCAUUUCACUCAGGGAUAAAGCAGUCUCCGUAUAAAGCAAUGUUUGGAAUGGAACCUAAAGUGGGGCUUACAACAUCUAAUCUACCUAUGGAAAUUAUAAGUGGAUUGCACAAUGAAGAAGACUUACAAGUUGCAAUCACAGAAAUGGAUCAAAACUUCGAUGAUAAUGAAGAGAACCUAGAUAAACAAGAAAAAAUUGAAACAAAAAAGACAGGUAAAGAACAAGAAGAAAAUAAGGAACAAGAAGAAAACAAAGAACAAGAAGAAAUAUUUGAACACAACAGUAACGUAUCAAUGAUAUUGGAAGCAAGAGAAAAAGCGCAUUUGAAUUUAGUAAAACAAGCAAAGAGAAUGAAAACAGCAAGCGAUCAAUCUCAUCCACCACUCAACGUCGGAGACAAUGUGACCAUACCAAUCCCAGACGUAGACAAAGGAAAGGCAGACCUUCGUAAUUUAAUUGGAGUUGUAUUAGAAGUUACUUGUGAGCAGUUAUACAGAAUUGGGACAAAGAGUGGUAUUUUAGAGAAAUUGUACUGCAGAUCCGAAUUUGAUGGCUGCAAAGAAAAAUUUAUCCGCCCGGAUGAGGUGCCCAACAAAACAGUUACAUUACGAACAGCUGCAAAGAACGCUGCUAUCGGAACAGGACAAGGUUAUGCUCGAUGUGUAUGUUCUACGGGCUGUAAAAACAACAAAUGUUUAUGCAAGAAGAAAGGAUUGCUGUGUAAUUCAAAGUGCCAUAAUAGUCUGAGUUGCAUGAAUAAAUAAUUCGUCACUGUAGACUGAUAGCCUAGUAAAGUUUAAAAAAAACACGUAUGUUGCUUACG